CUAAUUUUGGUGUCGAAAUUUGUUUCAUUUGGUGCAAAAACAGUUGGCGUAAACAAAACGUGUCCAAGGCACUGGAAAAGUCCAUCCAUCCAUCGCUCUGCCUGGAAAUUGCGUCAGGCUCACGCAGCUUCCACGAAGGUUUCGUGGGAAACUGGCGAAGCUGCUGUGCGACAUUCACCGUUCUGAGUUGGCCCCAACUGCACGUGGGCCAGCUUUCAGUUUCGGUGCCAUUUAACCCCUGAACACCAGGAACAGUCUAUAGAAUAUAUCAUAAAUAAAUCCAGAAGUUAGCCUGUAAUCAGCCAGGCAAUCUUACCCAUCCUCCAGUGUGUGUCGAGCCCUGUGAUUCGCCUUUUGUGCAACUUUCUACCGUGUAAUUGAAAUUAAUGAUCAUUGUGCGGCGUGGCUCUGUAAUUCCAAGAAAUAACACUGAAUCUUAAAGAAAUCGCGGCACUCUGCUUUAUUAAAGUGUCACCCUGAGGGACGAAUAACACUCAAAGUUUAGCGAAAUUCAUCUCGCAAAUUGAUGUGUGACAGCCAGAAUGCAAAAUUGAUUGCAGCUCAUUGGCAGCAAUUUAGAAAACAGAAAACAGCAUGCGAAGGAAAAAGAAAAGUGUAAUGAUAGCCACCAGGAACCCAAUCCGACUUUAGUGCCAAUAGUGCCGUGCGAAAUGCUGUUAGUGCCGUGUUGUUCGUGUCCAUGUUGUGAUUACAUAAUGAGACGCUGCUGAGAGUCAAAGUCAAAGGAGAAGUUGCCCAGUUCACCGAGCCCCAAGCCAGGCAGCCAUAUCUCAACUCGCUGCCACAAAACUCGGCCGAGGAAAAGGGAAGACAGAAAGACAUCAAGGAAGGGCAUCAAAGGGAGCCAAAGGAUCCAAAGGAGGAUGCCCUUCGGGCGCAAGUCCCCGCUGGAGGCCCUGGCCCUUCCCGGCGUAAUGCUCGCCUACAAGUACAGCCAGUUCCGCCAGAGACGCCGGGAGGCCGCCAGCCGACGGGUCACCGAGCGCGAACUUUCGGCGCUGCACCAUAAAAUCGACAAGCUGCUGAGCAAACUGGAGGAGGAGAGCGAGCCGGACCCGCCCACCUCGCAGGAGGACGAGUGUGUGAUCUGCAUCAAUGCCCGGGCCACCAUGCAGACGUCUCCAUGUGGCCACCGCGUCGUCUGCCGCCGCUGCUUCGUGAAGACGAUCCAGAGUGCGGUGGCCCAGCGGCUGCUCCCGCUGCGCUGCGUCAUUUGCCGGGCGCGGGUGAACCGGCUGACCUCGUCCUCGGGCACCUGGCGCAUCCAGGAGUCGGCCAGCAGCUACUCGAUGGGCGCCAAGAGUUGGGCCUCCGCCGGAGUGGCCGCCGGCGGGGUGGUUCCCUCGGCCAGCUCCUACUCGAUGAACGAUGCGCACAGUGGACACCACUCGUUUCACCAGCCCACGUUGCACAAGUCGGCGGUGGGGCGGCACCAUCCGCACCAUUACACGCCCCGGGGAUCAGGCCAUGGUCAUGCUCGGGUCUCCCAGUCGGAUAGCCUGUACUCGAUGAGCUCGACGGGAUCGGCGGCUUCGUCGGCCUCCGGCUACUCGCACUAUUCCAAGACGUCUUCCAUAUCGAGCAACGGUCCCUGCUCACCGGCCCUGCCGGCCGUGGCUUCCAGCUCCAAUCACCUGGCACCGCCAUCGCCCACCACCCACCAUCAUGCGCACGGCCUGGCCUCACCCACUCCCUCGGGCUCCUCCGGCAGCUCCCUGUCGCCGCGGGAGAACGGAUCGGCGCACUCGCAUCAUGGUGGUGGCUGCCCAAUUGGUUGCUCCGGUGCCGUGCCAAGGAAACCGCUGCACACGCUCACCAACAGCUGUUCCACGCCCGUUUCCGGUUCCUCCUCCAGCGGAAGUGGCGGAGGACUGGGCGGAAACGGAAGCGGUGCCAGCGGAAUGAUGACGCCCACGCACACGUAUCCGGGUCGAAGGCACGUGAAGAACCGGCUGAUGGACAUCCAGAACCGCCUUCCGCCCAUCAAGGAGUUCCGUAGUCCGGCCAAGGUGCCGCAUCCUUCGCCCGUGCACGUCAGCAAUCCCAGAUUUCGUUACUCCACUUAUACCAAGUCCAGUGCCCAUGAACUGGCUCCACUGCUGCGGGAGCCCGGUUCCUCUCCUCCGCCACGUCGUCCCAGUCCGAUGAACAUCCAGCUGAGCUGCUCCGCACUGGCCCCGCCCCCUUUGAAGGCGGGCGGGGCAAAGAUCUGCCCGCUGACCUCGAAGAACUCGCUGCCCAAAAACGCUUACGUGAUGCCCAAGGACAAGAAGCCGCCAGCUUCUGUUCCGCAGGCGAAAACAAAUGGUACUGCCGCCAAGUCAACCCCACAAGGAUCUGGAUGCUCCAGGGCCUCUGCCGGAUGCGCUGCCACCAAUUCAGGAUCAACGGGAUCCGGAUCGGCUAGUAAUCCCAAACCCAGUUCAAGCUCUUCCAGCCGCAGUUUUCCGCUGUUCUCCGCCGCCAGCAAUCAGAGAGAGAAGGCUGACAAUAAGAAGAACGAGUCCGUUGAGCGCAAGAAAAAGGAGGAAAAGCUCAAGCUGAAGGCUGAGAAGGAAGCCAGGAAGGAGGAGAAGCGACUGGCCAAGGAGGAGGAGCGUCUGGCCAAGCUGCAUGCCAAGGAGGAGAAAAAAAGGGGCAAGAAGGAGGCCAAGGAGCUGCUGUUGGCCAACGAUGGAAACAGCAAGAAGUGAACCCAAUUAGCCAGCGAAAGCGCAUAUUUCCAGUUGCAAUUCUAGCCCUAAGACCAUCACCAAGUACCGGUUCCCGUACUAUAUCAAAACAGAUCGGAUCCGAUCGCAUCAGAUCGCCACCUCACCACCCCCAUAUGAAAUGAGCUUGAUUGUAUUUUUAGGAUAAUAUUUUGUUAGUUAGCCAUUAAUCGUUUCCAUAAGUUUCUUACUAAACUGACAAAAUACAAAGCCAAAUAUUUAAAAAAUAAUUUUUUAGAAACAGGAAAAAUCUUCUUGAGUAUUGACACCUUAAAGAGAUUACCAAUACAUUUUUUUGACAUCAGAAAUAUUUUAAUAAUUUUUUGAUUUAAGAUCUGUAGUUGGUUCUACCAAUAGGAAAACAUUCUUUUUUUUAAAUCACCUAGUUAGUUAGACUCCUUUGUGGGCUUUCUUGGCUUUUUAAUACGCUUUUCCAAGCAGAAGAAAAACCAUGCCAAACCUUUGUAUAAAUGAUAAACCUUUGGCAAGCACUGAUUUAACAUUGCUUUCAUUUCAUUCUUAGUUUUAAGCAGAAACUUCCAAUAAGUUUUCUUUAGAUUUACUGCCCACUUUCAUAACUCUUCACCGUCUAGAGAUAUGUUAAGGAUAUGAAGACAUAGCUGCCUUUCGUUUGACAUUGCCUCGCCUCAGUCUCAGUCUCAGCUCAUCUGUAUCAUUACCAAUUAAAAGGUUGUUGAAACAAUUUAAAUUUGAACAGAAUCUGAUAGAAAUAUCCGUAAUAGACCUUCUUACUUUCAAGUUUCCGACUACUAGACUACCAAACAGAAUACCCUUAACUAGAGAAAACCUCGUCUCGAGAUAUAGAACCAUGACCACUAUAAGGCAAGCCAAUGUUAGAGCUGAGCUUUAGCAAACGUAAGCCAGAAUCCGGAUAUAUUAACGAAUAUAUACUACCAGUAUGUUAACAUGUUGACUAAACAAAUUGCAAAAAGCGAGAGAAUAUUAAAGUAGUUUUCAUAUACCCCUCUAUAUAUAUUAUAUAUAUAUAUGUAUCUUUAUCUGUAACUAAAUCUAUAGAAUCCAUACCUAUAUUGGAAACUGUUCAAACGGCAAACAUAAGCAAUGUUUCGAUGUAUGUAUGUGUAUAUGUGUUACCAGGAUUGUUUUAAAAACAGAAAAUAAUAACCCCGCAAAGGGGGAGAAAAGAAACCAAUAAAGAAUCCAUUAUGUUGAA